UCUUCAGGAUACACAGCAGCCAUUUGUUUACUAUCGUCAGCUGAGGGACAAAGACAUUUGCUUCUUUGAUCGGCUACUGUUGAGCUUGAUCAACUUUUGGCUCGUGGCCAAAUCACGAAGUUCCCUCAGUAUGGCAGAUGUAUCGUCAAUAGAACAUCCUACUUUAAAAGUGCCAUAUGAUGUGCUCAACAAGAAAUUCCGAUUGGCACAAAAAACUUUAGAUAGAGAAGUUUGCCAUGUAGCCUCUGCUGUAACAGAAUUGGAGCGUGUCUUUUUCACAGACAACCGCAGUGCCUCUCAAAUAUCUUCUCUUCUUGGGGGUGUUGUUGAAAAAUUGUCUUCCUUCAAGCGGAAGGCAGAAGAAGCAACUCAAGAGGAGAUGGAAUCAGGUCGAGUGGUAAAACGACGUGUUGAUCACUUGAAAGAUCAUGACUCACUUAGCCCCUCUGUUGUAACAGAAUGGAAACGUACCAGAUUGGACCGACUUUUAGUUGAGUAUCUUCUUCGAGCUGGAUGUUACUCGACGGCUACUAAGUUAGCAAGCUCCCGUGGUAUAGAAGGACUGACAAACUUAGAUGUCUUCUUGGUAGCCAGAGAGGUAGAACAGUCACUAGCAUGCCGUGAUACAAGCAAGUGCCUUUCCUGGUGCCAUGAUAACAAGAGCAAGCUGCGGAAGCUCAAUUCUUCUCUUGAAUUUAAUGUGCGGAUGCAAGAGUUUAUUGAGCUAAUCAAGAGUGAUCGCCGUAUGGAAGCCAUCCGACAUGCAAGAAAGCACUUCACAGGACAGGAACCAGGACAUUUGCCAUCAAUACAACGAUGUAUGGCCCUUAUUGCCUUUCCAGCCAACACAGAUGUUGCUCCAUACAAGGAACUGUUGUCAGAUUUACGAUGGGACCAGUUGAUUGAACAGUUUCGAGCUGAAAACCUGAAAUUGUACCAGUUGUCUUCACAGUCUGCCUUCUCCGUUGUUGUGCAGUCAGGGUUGUCUGCACUCAAAACUCCUCAUUGUUAUAGAGGAGCUACAGGUCACAACCCAGACUGCCCCGUGUGCCAGCCAUCUCUAAACUCCUUGGCUUCUCCUCUCCCGUAUGCUCAUUGCUCACAGUCUCGUCUUGUGUGCAAUAUUAGUGGAGAACAACUCAAUGAAAAUAACCAACCACUAAUGUUACCAAAUGGAUAUGUUUAUGGACAGAAGGCUUUACAGCAGAUGGCCAGUGAAAACAAUGGCACUAUUGUUUGCCCACGUUCACGCCAAACAUUCAACAUCAGAGAUGCAGAAAAAGUGUUUGUCAUGUGAGAAGAUGCAUAUGAUGCUCACAUAAUGUUAGUUAUUAAAAUGACAUUUCUACAUUUGAACAGGUUAUGUUGCUCAUAAAUGUGGCCAUACUUAUUAAUGAAAUUACUGUACUCAUAUUUGGUAUGCAUUGUAUUUGGCCUUGUAAAGUGAUGCCAUUUUCUGUAAUUGUGUCCAUUUGUUGGAUUAGGUUAAAAACAUACAUAAAAUGUUAUUGAACUACUCUUAAUACACAACAAUAAAUGCAUACUCUUGUGUGAGUAUGUGAAUCCAUGAACACACACACGCACGCGUGCGUGCGUACAUGUAGACGUACACUGGUAAUUAUACAAACUCUUAACACGUGCAUUAGUAUUUAUGAAGAAAAUGAAGCUUUAAUUGAACCCUUUGGUUUAACUUUGACCUUGUUUAACUGUAUUUAACAGUCAUAUUCAAUUGAUAAGUUUCAAGACACUUCUCUAAAGGGCACAAUUACUGGACAAGCACUUUACAUGGUAUAUUUGUCAUGAAGGAUCAUUGACUGAUAAGCUAGAGCUGUUAUUUUGCAACUUUGUAGUUUAUUUUAACAUUAAAUUCUUAAGAUAUUGAUCAGUUGCGAUUGAUUCAUUCAUACGUCGUAACCACUUAUCUUUGGUUGAGAACGUAGUUAGUUGUUUAUGAUUACGUAGUUAGUAAUGUUUAUUAGUAUAGAUAGCUUUGAGCAAGUAAUUCUAGCUUUUCAGACUGUUAUUACUGAGGUAUCAAAUAAGGACAUGUCAUCUUUUUUAGUGAAAUAUCAUAAAUUGGAUGUUGGUUUAUGGUAAACACUUGUCAGUAAUUUGCCAAAAUUUAUCUUUUUUUUUUUUUUUU